AUGUUAACAAUUUAUAAUGCAAUCGUCCUUCCCUUUCUUGACUAUGGAUCUGUCUUUCUGGGCAGAUGCUCCAAGUCUGUUCUCUCUCGACUUGAUAGGGUCCAAUAUUCGGCUAUCAGAGUAGCACUAGGCUACAUGAAGUCCACGCCUAUAAAUGUCCUCCUCGCAGAGAGUGGUCAACUUCCCCUGUCCUACCGUCGCCUCUGGUUGGCGAUCAAGUUUUUGUCAAAGCUAGCUAAGAUUUCUCCAAAUCCCCUUCUCCAAAGGCUGUCACAACUUUUUUCUUGGCGUCAUGCAUGGGGUAGUAGACCUAUGCCCCCUAUAUUAGAAGCUCUCAAUAUGCUUCCAGAGACUGGCUCCUUCUAUUCCUCUCCCCUCCUUCCUUGUUUCCAGGUUCCCUUGUGUGUCCACUAUCUUGACGUUCCCUAUUAUUCUUUGAACCUUCGUAAAUUGGACUUAGACAAUUCAGGUUUGUUCGAUGAGAGAUGCAGGGAUAAAUUCCCCGAUUUCUCUUUGCUAUUCACUGAUGCCUCAAAAUCGCGAGACCAGGUUGGUAUUGGUAUAUAUAGCCCUGGAAAUAUUUCUUUCAGUGGGAGAGUCCCCUCAAGCUUUUCCAUUUCAUCUGCUGAACUCCUCGCGAUUGAUAAAGCCCUAUCCAUUAUUGAGGGAAUGACUGAUGAUGUCCUCAUCAUUUCUGACUCCAAGUCCGCUCUUGAAAAACUAAAAGGUUGGUUCCCCCAUUCCAGUAACGAUCACAUAACUCUGUCAAUUCGAAAUAAAAUUUACCGCAUCACCCAAACUAAUCGACAAAUUAAAUUUGUGUGGGUUCCCAGCCACACAAACAUCACUGGUAAUGACCAAGCAGAUCGUCUUGCUAAAGAGGGCAGUAAAAUGUCCCAUACCCUUACUAUUAAGGGCGAUAUAAAAGAACAUUGGCCCUCAUUCAAACGCAAUAUAUGGGAAAGAUGGAAGACGGAAUGGAAGCAAACAUCUCUUCAUAGAGGUCACCUUUAUUCGACCAUGAGGUAA